GCUAAUCUUUGUUUUUAUGUUUUUUUUUAAAAAAUUAUGUUUAAAAUGUUAUCUUUUAUAAUGUUUAUUUAAUAAAUAAAUUUUAGUUUUAAUUAAACAAUGUUAAACUUUUUUAUUUUUUUAAGAACCUCUAAAUAAGAGACUCCCAUUGGAACACAAAAAUGUUGGUGUCUCUUAACUAAAUCUCUCAAUUAAUAUUUAAUUCUAAAAAAUCAUUAAGAAAUCAGAGUGGAUCUUUAGGUUAAUGAUGGUCUAACAAAAGCCCACUAUAGUAAAACAACAUAAUUUAAUCCUAUUUCGUUUCUGUAAGGGAUUAGCAUUCCUAGUUAGGAAUGGCAAACUGUCUCUAUUUAUAUAUACGGUGAUCUACUCGAGCUUUCUUUGAUCAUACUAUUGCCUAACUAAAUUUAAACCUAUUUGUUUUAUUCUCUCUCAAUCGUCUGCUUGUUUUCUUAAUAAACUAAAGGUAUGGCCGAUCAUCAAAGGAACAUGGAUCUUUUCCAUGAUGGUCUAGCGAAGAUCUUUACAGAACAAUGGCACCCCGAUGUACUGUGUUUAGCUGGCGAGGAUGAUCACGAAGAUCCUAUCCCCGCCAAUAAAGUUAUUUUGGGAGCAAGAUCAGACGAACUCAGAGAGCUUUUUGAUGGUGAUGGUAAAGAGAAGGAGACGAUCAUUCUCUACGGAAUGAACCAUGAAGCGCUAGAGGUUUUCAUCGAGUUCAUGUACGUUGGAAACUCCAUACAGUACUCCGAGAAGUUGAAGAAGCAUGCAAGGUCGUUAUAUUUUGCAGCUAAUUUGUACAGCAUCCCCUUAUUACGAGAUCUAUGUAGGUACCAACUUAUGUCUUCACUUAACAUUGGGAAUGCUCUUGAUAUUUUGGAAAUCUCGAAAGACGAUCCUCGUGAGAAAACUCUCCACGAUGAAGCUCGGUGUUAUGUCAUACGUCACAUGAAGGAGAUUGCUUUUACUAGAGAGUUUAAUUCGUUCGUGAAGAGAAACACAAGUUUAACCGUGGAGCUAAUUAGGGUUCUUGCAAUAAGAGGGGAUAGAACAUACCCCAAAAGAUAAGAAUAAGAUUUUACUGGUCCGCUACGUAUAGUUUACUCGUCCAGAGCUUUAAUGAGGGCCGUUUGCUACCUUUGAAAGUUUCAGUCAAAAAACUUUUUUUUGUUAAUUUUUUUUUAAUGCUCGAAAUAUGAAUGCAAAACUUAGGAGAUGUUUACUGGUUCUAAUCUCAUUUUCACCAGUAUUUAUAGCUGGAGUUUUUCUAUGAUAAAACAUUAAUUUAUUUUAUAUUAUAAAAUAUUAAAUAGAUAAUUUAACGACCGAUAAUUUAUAUCUUAUGAGAAUUCAUCUAACGAUUUUAUUUGCAUUCACUACAAGAAAACAUGAGAUUAACGACGGCGGUAUUCCUUGUGAGUUCGUCGUAAAAGAGGCUUUAUGAGGAAUUAGCGAGGAAACACGUUUCGUCGUUACUCGUUCGUCGUAACGCAUAUUUCCUCGCCAAUUUGUCGUAACUUAGCGAGGAAAACAUUUCGUCAUAAAGACGAAGUAUAUCAUUUCGUCGUAAAGACCACGUAAUCAUUCCACGUAAGGAGGUCGCUAUAUUUCCUCGUAAAUACCUCGAAAAGAGUACCUCGUAAAUUACAAGUAAAUAUCUCGAAAGUAUUUCCUCGUAAAAUUCACGUAAAUACCUCGAAAGUAUUUCCUCGUAAAAUACUCGUUUAACCUUCCUCGUCAUUUCCUCGUAAACU